CACUAUACGAAUAAUAUAGUAAAAUGGCAUAAAUCAGAUGAUUAGCAUUUAAACUACAAAAUUUUACGAAAUGUGUUAUCAACGUUAUCUGUUGGAGCGAUUUCAAUGAGAUUACAGAGUGCGAGAAUUGUUAUUCCGUCUAUAUGUUGGAAAAACACAUUCUUCCGUUUUACGUCAGUGCUGCGAAAAGAACGACAGAAGCAGGAUAUAUUUUAACACGUAAAGUGAAGUGAUAAACAGUGCAAAAUGCUCGGAAUGACGAAUCAGGCAUUUGAAAGUAAUGAAUUAGACGUGUUAGAAAAUGGUCGUCGGAAAAGUGAACCUAUAACGAGUCAAAAUGCUAAUACUCAUCAUAAAUCACAAAUAUCUCAGAAGAGUAGAGGCAAUGCCAUUAAUGCCUAUCUUUCGAAACAUCGGAGAAUCUUUAAGGUCUUUGGCUUAAUAAUUUUAAAUCUCUUUAUUAUAGCCUACAUAAUUUGCGCAGGUGUAUAUUGGAAAAGUAAACUUUCAGAAAAUCAUUGCGAUCUCCAAUGGUGCGAUGGCUACGGCAUGUUGCUUAUACUUGCAGGACUCAUUUACCUCGGUCUAUUUUAUUUCUUGAUCGUAAAACGAUAUUUUGGGAAGUACAUCGUACAAUGUUGCCUGCCGGUAACGAAUUCCUUGGAACGCUUGCAAAAUACCAAAUACGGGACGUGCAUUGGAGCAACGAUAUUCUACUCGAUUGUACUAACAGCUAUCAUUAUUUUUCUUAUUCUUGAUACCGCAGAAUCAAGAUACAGGCUGAUCAGUAUCGUCGGUAUUAUUGUCAUAUUAGGAUUAGGCUGGAUAUUUUCUAAACAUCGGAAACAGAUCAAGUGGAGACCUGUUUUUUGGGGCCUAAUUUUACAAUUUGUACUUGGAGUCCUUACACUUCGAUGGCCUAUCGGUCGCAGUGUUUUCCAAUGUAUUUCCGAUAAAGUGGCUACUUUUUUGGAUUUCGCUAAAGUCGGCGCCAGCUUCGUAUUCUCAGAUAACAUAGUCAACAAUGGAGUUUUUGCGUUCGCUGUACUGCCCGUGAUCUUUUUCUUCAGUUUCAUAGUGCAAGUCAUGUGCUAUCUUGGCGCAAUGCAAUGGAUAAUCACGAAACUAGGAUGGAUCUUGCAAAGCAUAAUGGGCACGACGUUGUGCGAGUCAUUAAGCGCAGCCGCUAAUCCUUUCAUCGGAAUGUCGGAAUCUCCCUUGUUAAUCAAACCGUAUAUCAAUCAGUUGACUUCCUCCGAAUUGCACGCAAUACUAAGCUCAGGAUUUUCCACAGUCUCUGGUUCGGUAUUGGCUGCUUAUAUAGCAUUCGGUGCAGAACCCGCUAAUUUAAUAACCGCCUCCGUAAUGUCUGCGCCGACUGCUUUAAGCUACUGCAAGCUCUUUUAUCCGGAAACUGAACAAAGUCUCACGAAAUUUGAAAAUAUCAAACUCGAAAAAUCAUCGGAUACGAGCAUUAUAGACGCCGCUACCAAUGGUGCGUUAGCUGCACUACCAAUCGUUUUGGGUAUAGUCGCGAAUAUCGUGGCUUUCGUAUCUUUCGUUGCGUUUCUCAACGGGAUGCUCUCCUGGUUCGGUGGUCUCGUCGGUUACGAGGAACUGAGUCUCGAGAUUAUUUUGGCGAAGAUCUUUAUGCCGCUGAGUUGGAUUAUGGGCGUUCCCUGGGAACACUGCGAAGACGUGGGCACCCUGAUAGGUUUGAAGACAGUGGUCAAUGAAUUGAUCGCUUAUCAGAAGAUGGGCGAGUUUAAGAAGCAGGGUAGAAUAUACGGGAGAUCGGAAGCGAUCGCCACAUUCGCAAUUUGCGGUUUCGCGAAUCCAGGCUCGAUCGGCAUCCAAAUCGGCGUCUUUUCUUCUUUAGCGCCAGAGAGCAAAGAGCGAAUAACGGAUGUCAUUUUGCGAGCCUUCGUGGCUGGCAGCGCCGUCAGUUUCCUCACGGCCAGCAUCGCCGGUAUGCUAGUCAAUGACAUUUCAUCAUUCCCCGUAAACGUUACUACUGUAUCAACAAUUUCAAACACAUCGAUGACAACGCUAAAUACUCUUUUCCUUUGAGUUACUAAAAAUUGGGAAAAACUGCAUUUGAAUUGAUAUUGCGUUAUAGCAAUCUUAUUACACAGAGACAUUUAAUUAUAAGAUUUAUAUAUUUUGAAUUAAUCAUCGUCGUAUUUAUAAUUGUUUAAAAAGGAAUGGCAACCUCAAAUAAUAUCUUUUGUCAAAUAAUUGUGAAGUAGUUAGCAAUGUUGAGAGAGAGAAAGAGACACAUUAAUUCUAUUAUGAUUCCACUAUUUUAUCAGUAAUAAAUUCUUAUACAAUACUGUUAUAGAAAAACAUCAAAAGAACUUAUAAACGACAUACGAGAUCAUAUAUAUA